AUGGGACAGAGCCGCUGCGUGCGCGCUCCUCACAUGGAUGACAUGACCGGGACCACCACAGUCAAUGGCACCACAGGGCGAACCGAGCCGCUGACCAGUCCAUCUAACAUAACAGCCCUCCACCCGCAGCACGUCAACAGAGAGCAGGCGAGUGGCAUCAUGGGGAGUGGGGGAGCAACAGUGAGGCCUGUGCGGGCUGCUGUCUGCGCUGGUCCCGGUACAGCUCUCACUAGACUCUUUUACAGCCAGGGAUCUUGCUUCGGCCGAGCAAUGGAUUUCAAGAACCUGAGGGAGUACCUGGCCUGGCUGUACUACCAAUAUCUCCUCAUCACUGGUAUUUAUGUCCUGGAGCCAUGGGAAAAAUCCAUAUUCAACUCAGUUCUCUUCUCCGCAAUUGCCAUGGCAAUCUACACCUCAUAUGUCUUUGUUCCCAUUCACCUGCGGCUUGCACUGGAAUUUUUCUCAGGUAUUUUUGGAGGUCAGCCACAAAGUACAAUGACACUUAUGAACUAA